GGAGCCUCGGUGAGAAUCCCAAAUUAGGGAAUAUUCGUGAUAUUUCAUGGACUUACUUGGAGAUUACCGACGUCUAUUGGACGGAGAGGGGCUCGGUGGGCCUCCACGGGUCUGUCGGGUCCGGUUCACUGUAACUCCACUAUCAGUUACCAAGAGUAUCAAUGAGUCUAAAAAGAAAUAGAGGAAAAUAAAGAGAGAUGCAGAGGCUGAGUGUUACUAUAACAAACCCAUUUUCUUUUGUAAAAAUAUUAACAUAAGUUCCCAAAUGGCCUAAAUAGGUUGUAUAGUGAUGUAUAUUAAUUAACGUAUCAUCAAUUAUUAUAGACGUGUGCUUUUGAGUCAAAUUGACAACGUAAGCAUCGUUUUCAUUUGGGGAACAUUCCCUCUCUAAUGGGACCAAACUUCUAUGCCUAUAUAAACCCGAAAGAACCUCAAAUCACAGCACAAACCUCUGAAAAUUAAAUUUCCUAAGUUCUUGUGCUACACAAUACCCACCUUCCAGUUGUAGCACGAUGGCAUUCCCAAAGGCAAUUAAUUCCUUAAGCUUUUUCGUGCUCUCAAUGAUCUUCUGUCUUUGUGCUUCACAAACCAUGUGCAGAUCCCUCCCGCAAGACCCGAUGGUAGAACGGCACGAGCAAUGGAUGCUCCAGCAUGGGCGGGCCUACACUGAUGCCGACGAGAGAGACAGGCGGUUUGAGAUUUUCAGACAGAAUGUUGAAUAUAUUGAAGCAUUUAACAACGCGAAUUCAUCGGAUAAAGAAUAUGAUUUGGCCGUGAAUCAAUUUGCCGAUUUAACUAACGAAGAGUUCAAAGCUCUUCGUAAUAGUCUCAGAAUGAAAUAUUAUAUGAGCAAUCAAACGGUAGGAAAACGAUCUUUCAGGUACGAAAAUGUCACUAAGAUUCCUGCUUCCGUGGAUUGGAGAAAGAAAGGAGCUGUCACAUCCGUCAAGGACCAAGGAGAAUGCUCGAGCUGCUGGGCAUUCUCUGCCGUAGCUGCCAUAGAGGGCCUCAUGAAGCUGACGACCAGCUACACAGUCUCCCUUUCCGAGCAACAGCUCAUUGAUUGCGAUACCAAAGGUUUCAACCACGGCUGUAACUAUGGCCUCAUGGACGCUGCGUUCAAAUUCAUCCACCACAACCAUGGCCUAGCCUCCGAUCAGGACUACCCCUACAAGGGGAAGGAAGGAAAGUGCAAGGUGGACACCAUCGACAGGUCCCACAUGGCCAAAAUCGGGGGCUUCGAGGACCUUCCUCGAAAUGACGAGAAUGCCCUUCUUAAAGCAGUUGCAAAUUUGCCCGUCUCCGUGGUGAUUGACUCCUCAGAUGGCGACUUCCAGUUCUACUCAAGUGGGGUCUUCACAGGGAAGUGCGGGACCAAUUAUGAUCAUGCGCUGACUAUUGUAGGCUAUGGGACGACCAAGGGUGGGACCAAGUACUGGUUGGCGAAGAACUCGUGGGGCCGUGGAUGGGGAGAGGAUGGGUACUUGAGGAUCCAAAGGGGUGUCAAGGCCAAGGAAGGCAAGUGUGGGAUUGCUAUGCUUUCUUCAUACCCUGUUGUUUGAUGGAAGUUUAAGUAUCUAAAUCCGAAGUUUGGAUUAGAAUCCUUUCUGUUAGUUCUCAUGCUAACAAAAAUAUAAAUUAAGCACUGCAAUAAAAUUACUAAAAAGAAAUUAAACCAUAUGUACGUGAUGGAAUGAAUAAAAUCAAUUUAUAUGGAUAAAAUUCAU